AUGGCGCCCCCGAACGAGUCGAACCCGACCAGGCACGCGGUGAUCUACACCUCGCCGCUGCCCCGCCACCCCCCGGCGGCGGCGCCCGGUCCCGGACCGAGCAAGAGGGCGGCCUCGGGCCGCACGUUCUUGUGCACAAAGUCGCGCGACGGCGGACAGGCUGGCGCGGGCGGGCAUGUCGCCGGCCUGGAGGGCGUUGCGGAGGGCCUACGGGCACGGGUGAUGGGUGAGCUGCGGUGGGAUGGUGAACACGAGGUCGAUCGACGACAGCGUCCGGGCGGCGGCGGCGCCGCGGUGCUUGAUGAGGCCGUGGCAGGGGAGCAGGCGGCGCUCCAAGCCGCCACGAACUAUCUCGUUAUUAACAGCAGGGCAACUCAUUCAAAUCCUCCGCAGGCGCACGAACCGAAGCCCGAUUCCGCGAACAGCGCACAUGGUUGCCAUAGUGGCACAGUUAGACAAUGGAGGGAACACAAGCGGGUAGCCGGUCCGUGGGAGACAUAUGGCGCCGGGGCAAGGUCACGCGCAAAUCGCGAGGCAGGGCCCGCUGGACAUCACCCGGAGACCUCCUCCAGCCGCGCCGUGUCCGGCCGUGGGAUCGAGAUCAAGCCUCUUUUGCACGCAAAUGCUGUAAAUAUGGCCCCCGUGCAGGCUGUUGCCACCACGCGACAGAUGGCCGCCGAUGGAUGGGGCUUCCAACUGGCGCGACGCGGAGAAGGACACUGA